UCAAAUGCGGUUACACUGCAAAUUUGCAAGCAAUUUUCUCCCAACAAAAGGCUAGAAAAGUAAGAAAAAUUGAAAUCAAAGAAAAAUUAAUGGCCCACAAGCGUCUGUUCGUCUACGCUGUGCUAUUGGCGAUAUGUUAUUUAGUUGGCGUGACAUGGGCUGAGACUGCAGCGCAAACAUUGCCAGUGAAUGGCAGCAGCACCAACAAUGGCAGCCAGCUGAGCGCUCCACCUGUAAUUCCAGUGGCAGGGGCACCACCUUCCAAGCAAACGGGCGCCAGUCCAGGUCCCACUGCAGCGCCACCAUCCAAGGUCAUCGCCAAGUCCCCGCUUUCUGCUCCCGGCCAGAUUGCUUCUAAUUCCAGCAGCACUACUGCGCCAUCUACAGAGUGUGUCUGUGCCGGUGCUCUGCUGCCACAUUUGGAUUCCAAUGGCAAGGAGCUGCCCAUUUGCGCCGAGUGCAAGUGCUCGCAUGUGGCGAGAAAUACGACACUGAUCAAGGUCGUGGUCAUCAUUGUGAUUUGGAUCAUCUCCAUUUUAGUGAUAUACAUGCUCUUCCUGAUGUGCCUGGAUCCGUUGCUGAACAAGCGAGUUAAGGCGAACUACCAGGAGCACACAAACGAAGAUGAUGAGCCGACGCCGCCUUUGCCCGCCGUGAACAACCAGGAGCUCAGUGCCAGGGCAAAUGUCCUCAAUCGCGUGGGCCACCAGCAAGACAAGUGGAAGCGGCAGGUGCGCGAGCAGAGACGCCACAUCUACGACAGGCACACCAUGCUGAACUAAGAAGGGGCGAUUUGCAGGUGGAGGAGAUAAAGGAGCAUGGGCGACUUAAGACACGUAUUCCAAGCAGUAAUCCUCUACAGAAUUCCACUUUUGGAUCAAAUUACAUGUAUAUUUAGCAACAAUUAUUAUUUUAAUUAAAUUAUAUAACCAAAAUACGCUUGGAA